AAAAGACAGAGAGGGCCGCACUUCACCCUAGAAAAAAAGAUAUAAAAAUCCAACAAUAACCCCUCAAUUCCCAAUAUCCAAUACCCAAAUUUGACAAAAAAAAAUAAAUAAAAAAAUGAUCAAACCAUCACAAAUGCAUGACAAGUGUCAAAAACCCACACAGAGAGGAGACCAAGCCAGUCCCCCCUCCUCCUCUGCGAAGAGAUCGUAGCUUUGAAGAGGAGCUUGAUGCUUGGCCUCCAAUCCAAGCAAAACCCUAUACAAAACCCUCACACAAUUUCAACAGCACAUAUGGGUCCUCUUCGCAAACUAAGGAGGGUCAUAGAAAAUUGCUGCACAUCGGGUGGUCCUGCUACGAUGUCGCCGAUUGGGGUUCGCCUUUCUGUUCAAGAUCGAUAUGUGACAAUUGACAAUGGGAUACUGCAACUUACGUUGUCGAAGCCCGACGGGAUCGUCACUGGAGUUCAGUAUAAUGGUGUGGAUAAUUUGAUGGAGGUUCUGAACAAAGAAGAUAACAGAGGGUACUGGGAUCUCGUUUGGAGUGAACCUGGAAGCAAUGGAAUAUUCGAUGUGAUUAAAGGUACUGAUUUUAGGAUAAUAGCUGAAGAUGAUAAUCGAGUGGAGGUUUCAUUCACCAGGAUGUGGGAUCCUUCCCUAAAAGGCACUCUUGUACCUUUAAACAUUGACAAGCGGUUUAUAGUUCUCCGAGGAUCUUCAGGCUUCUAUACUUAUGCAAUUUAUGAACACUUGGAAGGAUGGCCUGAUUUUGAUAUCGCAGAGACCCGGGUAGCAUUCAAGCUUAGAAAAGACAAGUUUCAGUACAUGGCACUAGCAGAUAAUAGACAGAGGAUCAUGCCCAUGCCUGAUGACCGUUUGCCUGGGAGGGGUCAGCAAUUAGCAUAUCCUGAAGCCGUCCUUCUGACGAAUCCGAUCAAUCCAGAACUCAGAGACGAGGUGGAUGACAAAUAUCAAUACUCGAUAGAAAACAAGGACAACAAGGUUCAUGGUUGGGUUUCUUUUGAUCCACCGAUUGGUUUUUGGCAGAUCACACCUAGCAAUGAGUUCAGAACUGGAGGACCCGUCAAGCAAAAUCUUACUUCGCAUGUCGGUCCCACUACACUUGCUAUAUUUUUCAGUGCUCAUUAUUCUGGGGCUGACCUCGUGCCAAAAUUUAGAGGUGGAGAAUACUGGAAAAAGGUUUUUGGCCCGGUGUUUAUGUACCUUAAUUCUUCAUGGAUUUUUACAGAUCCACAGCUUCUUUGGGAGGACGCCAAAAUUCAGAUGCAGAUUGAAGUAGAUAGUUGGCCUUAUAAUUUUCCCCUGUCAGAGGACUAUCCAACAAUUGAGCAGAGAGGUUCUGUUACUGGUAGACUGCUUAUCCGUGAUAGGCAUGCAGAUGAUGAUUACAUCUAUGCAGAUUCUGCGUAUGUUGGCUUGGCUUUACCAGGAGAUACCGGGUCAUGGCAAAGGGAAUGCAAGGGCUACCAAUUUUGGACUAGGGCCGAUGCUUUUGGAAAUUUCACCAUUAGCAAUGUUCGAACUGGAGACUACAAUCUUUAUGCAUGGGUUCCUGGUUUUAUUGGAGACUAUAAAUUUGACGCAACUAUAUCGAUAACCUCUGGAUGUUUUAUUGAUUUGGGGGAUAUUGUAUAUGCGCCUCCAAGAGAUGGUCCUACCUUAUGGGAGAUAGGUAUCCCUGAUCGUUCUGCUGCUGAGUUCUAUGUUCCGGAUCCUAACCCCAACUAUGUUAACAGGCUCUAUAUAAAUCAUCCUGACAAGUUUAGGCAAUAUGGCUUAUGGGAGAGAUAUGCAGAGUUAUACCCAGAUGGUGACCUUGUUUAUACUGUUGGUGAGAGUGAUUACACAAAGGAUUGGUUCUUUGCCCAAGUUACAAGGAAGAGUGACGAUCAAACCUCCUAUAUUCCGACCACUUGGCAAAUAAGAUUCAAACUUGACACCGUUUACCAAAAUGGAAGUUACAAGCUAAGGAUCGCCAUUGCAUCAGCGACAUAUUCAGAAUUACAAGUCCGCUUCAACAAUUUGAAUAUAAAUCCUCCUCAUUUUUCAACGGGGCUAAUUGGCAGAGACAACUCGAUUGCAAGACAUGGAAUCCAUGGAUUAUAUCGGUUGUAUAGCAUCGACGUGAAGAGCGUUUGGCUUGUUGAAGGCGAGAAUACUAUUUUCCUCACACAAUCGAGGAGCACGAGCCCUUUUCAGGGGAUUAUGUACGAUUACCUUCGUUUAGAAGGGCCAUCUGGCUCUGACGCGAAUGAGAGGAUAUGAUCAUCAAUGCAUUUCGAAUAGUAUAUGAUUCCUAAGUCUUCUAAUCUAUUGAAGUUGGUUUGGAGGUAUUAUGGUUGUAUGUUUAUGUAGUUAUAUUAAAGACGAGGGAGUUGAAGCUAGUUGGUAGCUAUUUUGUUCAUUGUGUAAAAGUUGCAACUACAAUUUGCAUGUAAUUGGGAUAUUUCAUCGCAAUUGCGGUUGUUAGUUCCAUGUAAUAAGUUCACAUUA